GAGGUGGGAAAGGAGUGAAAAAGCAGCGGCGCGAUCCAGUCACACAUCAGCGAAGCCGGGCUUGAAGGACCUGAGCUCGCUGAGCGGCGCGACUGGUCUCCCGUCUCCCUCGGGAAACUUCUUUCCUCGACCUCGCGCCUCUCCCGCACCGGCGCAACUUCUUUUUCCCUCUUGCCUCUCUAGCCUGCUGCUCCGCUCUGCCCGAGCCGGAUACUCUCUGAAGGAGGCUGUGCGGAAAAGGUGGGAGAGGCUCCCCGGCCAGUUUUCGGCCCCGCAGCUGCGGCCAGACUAUUUGUAGGAGUCGCCCACAGAGGGGUUCCCGAGCAGUCGGGGGCGGUCCACCCUCCUCCGCCGGGAAGAAAGCGGGCUUCGCCAAGGAUAGAGAUUGUCGCUGGGUUGCGGCCACAGCUCUGAGAAGAUGCUGCUGCUGCUGCCGCCUCCGCCCGUUCUGUUGCUUGCCCUGGCCGGGCUGCUGGCUUCCUGGGCGCCGGGGGCGCGGGGCGCGGCGUGCGAGCCGGUGCGCAUCCCGCUCUGCAAGUCUCUGCCCUGGAAUAUGACCAAGAUGCCCAACCACCUGCACCACAGCACGCAGGCCAAUGCCAUCCUGGCCAUGGAGCAGUUCGAGGGGCUGCUGGGCAUCCACUGCAGCCCGGACCUGCUCUUCUUCCUCUGCGCCAUGUACGCGCCCAUCUGCACCCUCGACUUCCAGCACGAGCCCAUCAAGCCUUGCAAAUCCGUCUGCGAGAGGGCCCGGACGGGCUGCGAACCGGUCCUCAUCAAGUACGGCCACGCCUGGCCGGACAGCCUGGCCUGCGACGAGCUGCCUGUUUACGACCGAGGGGUCUGCAUUUCCCCCGAGGCGAUUGUCACUGCCGAAGGAUCCGAUUUCCCUAUGGAUUCUAAUAAUGGGAACUGUAGAGGCACCAAUGCCGAGCGCUGCAAAUGCAAGCCUAUAAAAGCUACCCAGAAGACCUACCUUCGGAACAAUUACAACUAUGUUAUUCGGGCUAAAGUUAAGGAGGUAAAGACCAAAUGUCAUGAUGUCACUGCAGUGGUCGAAGUGAAAGAAAUUCUAAAAUCUUCCUUGGUGAACAUUCCUAGGGACACAGUCAAUUUAUAUACAAACUCUGGCUGUCUUUGCCCACCACUUAACGCUAAUGAAGAAUAUAUCAUCAUGGGCUAUGAAGAUGAGGAACGUUCUAGACUACUCUUAGUGGAAGGCUCCAUAGCUGAGAAAUGGAAGGAUCGUCUCGGUAAAAAAGUGAAGCGCUGGGACCAGAAACUCCGCCAUCCUGUCAAAGGCAGAAGUGAACCUGGACAGAGUGAUUCUGCUCCCAAAUCUGGGAGAAGCACCAAUCCACGACAAAGGCGCAACUGAGAUGGAAAAUACCUUGAGGCCAAAACUAAUCCAUGGACUUGUAUAAAUUAAAAAGACUUGCCUUCUUGAAGCAGCAAAACAGAAAUUGCACUAUUGCACGUUGCCUUUUAUUGUUUACUAUGAGUUCAUUCUGUAGCCAAUGUUAGUUGUUUUUAUUUUCUUCCCUUCUUGUUUUCUUGCCUCUUGUACUCUUGCAGGAGUACAAACACUUGGAAAAGAAAGGUAUGUUACAUUCACAAACAUCUAUCUGUGAAUUACAUUGACAAACAUUUUUCUUUAUUUGAAUGGCUAAAUUGAUUUUUAUUAGAUGCUCAUGAUAAUUGUUUGUAUACAGUUAUUACAGGCUAGAAAUCCACAAAUACUUCCUAUAGAUGCAGAAACAAGUUGCCUGAAAGGACAUUUAAAAAAAACAACUCAGCAAAUCCCACAAUUCUUUGGUUUUAUUGGGGAAGAAACAUAAUCCAAAUUACCUAGUAGUUAUAAAGAAGAAUGAGAUGAAUUUGAAGAAUAUCAGGGCCCCAUAUAUUAAGAAAAAAUAAUUUCUAAUAGAAAUAAGCAUCAAAAGGCAAAUGAGUUCUAAAAGUUAUCUGGCAAACACUAACUAUUUUUGCAAUUGGCAAGUGGAAAAUCCAUCAAUUUUAAGAAUUUGCCCUCCUCUCCUUACUAGUAGUAAUAGUAGUAAAGUUGGGAGGGAUCUUGGAGGUCAUCUAGUCCAACCCCCUGCUCAGGCAGGAAACCCUACACCAUUUCGGACAAAUGGCUGUCCAGUCUCUUCUUAAAUACUUCC